AUGUCCGCAACAGCAAACAUCGCGCAAGGCUCCAGGUUUAAUUUACCCGACCUCCGUCGCGUUGGAAAUACAAACUUUCAUGAUACUCGCAUGCCAUCUUUGAUUAAACAAGAUCGUUUGUCACUACUUUCGGACCGAAAGGCUCGCGUAUACUCCAGUUGUUUUAUGGGCAAUGCUACUAGUUGUAGUACUGCUGAUAUGUCGUACCGUAUCCGAGGCUAUCCGUCCUCCCCAGUGCUCGAGCUCACUGUCGAACGUUCUAAAAGAACGCAUCACCGUUUGAUACUAUUCAUGAUGUCUCGCACGCCGCCCUCGUUGCAUCUUGAAUUGAACGAUCUUGAUGGAAGGAACAGGAGAAGGAUAAUGCCGGGCACGUACAAUGAACUAGUCUUGCAGCCUAUCAAUCUGGACCGGGGCAGGGUCGAAGUCAACAAUUCACUGCGCAGAGUCAAUAACCUUGCUGUAUCACUUUUGGAGAACACUCCCACAAAUUUUCGAAGCACAGUUACUUGGCUUGUGACGCUGAUAUCAUUCGCUUUUACACUUUUCUCGCCGUACGAUGGACCAUUAUAUACAGGAUACUAUGAAACUUAUCCUAGAGGCUUCUCUGAAUUGCCUUGGGUUACUUCUUCUCCCAUGGAGCCCUCCCUCUAUGAAAGAGAAUCCCAGACGCAGCCGUUGCCUACGCCUCAUGAUGCAACCGGCCAGGAAAUCACUUUCGCACUCUGUCCUCGAUAUCUCAUGUUGUACGACCGCGCUCACAAGUGCUGGUUACGCUGCAGCAAACAAGAGAUCUUGAAGCAACAACGUUACGUAGCUGUGUCUUAUCGACAGUCGGACUUCUUUACAAGAGGAGAGGGCCAUUCUGCCUAUUGGUUAGACUUCCAGUGUACUGGAGAAUCUCAAGAGGAGAAAAACCUCGAUUUGUACCGCAUUGCGGACGUAUUCAGGGGUGCCUCACGCACAUUGAUCAAGAUCAAGGAGACCAGCGAUGAUAUGUCCAGUAGCCAAGGUUGGAAGAGUUGGGGCAGUCGUGUAUGGACACUUCCCGAGGCACUCCUCGGUCCAUGCUGCACACUGUGCUACACAGUCGGGACUGGUUUAGGACCUGUUCAUGACAUAGGGCUACAUCAAGUGGCCAACUUGGCAUACGAGCACCAUGACAAAGAAAUGGCAAUUAUCAACACGUACGGUGGGAGGGAGACCCUGGGAAGGAUAGAACACCUGCUACUUUUGAAGGACGCUAUAUGGCGUCGUUUUAGUGGACCACCGUCGCAGUCCUCAGUCGCAAAUGCAUCAGCAAGCGAGUUUACCGCAUAUCCAGCAGAAAGAGUCUAUGCUUUAAUGGGCUUUUUCGAACAUCGUAUCGAACCCAAUCUACUAGAGACAGAAUCACAGGCACUUGCACGGCUCUUUCUUGCCAAUUACAAUGAUCGAUUUUUGGCGAGAAUGGUAUCAAUGCUACCUCGAAAAAUCUCGCCAACCAGCUGCUGGUACUCGGACGAGGAUGUCUACUGCACCAAAUUAUGGGAGGUGGAGCCUUGUAUACAAGUUCUUGCGAUCAGCAAAACCGGAGCAGUAGUAGUGGAUGACUGUCGUGCGGCAGUCAUGAAGUGGAAUGGGUUUCCGGAGGUGGCAUUUCAGAGGGACAAAUCGUUCAAACGUCUCAUCUGCUGCGUUCUGCCACGCUUCUUUUGGCUGAUCUUUCUAAUGAGCCUCGGUCUCCUGGCGGUCAGCAGCGUCUUGAGUAUAUUCGUUAUGGGUGUCUCCUUCACCUUGCUCUUCGUUUCCCCUCGGCUCAUCAUCUACGGUCAUUCUGGGCGUGUUAACGCAGUUCAGCCUUGGCUUAUCGGCGCCAAAGGUGUUGUCACGGUCGAAGAAGCCUCACGGAUGGUAUGUGGUAAAACAGAGCCUGGUCCCAUUCGUUUUUCCUACAAUGCGAGAGGCUCCACACUUUCUAUACCACAUAAUGCUGACAUCCCCCGAGGGAAUCCUUCACAAGCCUCCAUCGCAUCACGGCUCCGCAAUGUCUACACGCUCAUAGAUACGGUCUCCCGUUCGGUCUAUUACUUCCAGGCAGAACGAGUACCGACAGUUUGUGUGUUCACAGGUCUGGAAGGAGGGCUUGGACGGUUCGUUCUCUGUUCUGAAGGUCAUGGUCGCUGUGAAGGUGAAUUACACAAGGAGACUGUCCUGCGGAUGCCGACUCAUGUGGGAGAUAUGAUGCGUCGAUGUGACAGGAUUGCCAUUGGAGGCUUAGGCGAUGACUCACAAUAA